AUGGCAGCCCAAGUACCCAAGACCAUGUUUGCGUGGAGGAAGCAUAGGGGAAACCCUAAGCCGGUCUGGGAGGAGGUCCCUGUUCCUGCGUGCCCUCCCAAGGGCAUUCUCUGCAAAAUGGUCGCAUCAGGUGUCUGUCGCAGUGACCACUCUCUCCUCACCCUCGAGAAGCAGGCGGACUGGUUCACGGAUAAGUGGAUCCUGGGCCACGAGGGAUGUGGGAGGAUCAUCCAGAUCGGCGACGAUGUUGGCGAGACCAAGUUCAAGGUGGGUGAUCUUGUCGCUCUUCACGCCGUCCCCGGCUGCGGUGGGGACGACUGCACCGAGUGCACCCGCGACCUGUCCCAGAUUUGCGAGCGAGGCCACCACUCUGGCAUCGGCCAGGACGGCUUCUACGCACCUUACGCCACUCUCAACAUCCGAGGCGCUGUCCUCGUUCCUGAAGGUGUCACCGCCGCCCAAGCCGCCGUCGCCACCGACGCCGUAAACACAGCCUACCACGCCAUCACCAGACGAGGCGAGGUCAAGAAGCACGAAACCGUCUUCCUCUUUGGUCUCGGCGGUCUCGGCUUCAACGCGCUGCAGGUCGUCCUCGAUAUCGGCGCCCGCAUCAUCGUCUGCGACGUGCGCCAAGAGUGCCUGGACGAGGCCGCCAAGAUUGGCGUGCCCGCGGGCGACAUCGUGCCUGUUGGCAAGUCGCCCGUCGAAUUCGUCCAGGAGAACGGGCUCAAGAUUGACACGGUGCUGGAUUUUGUGGGAACGCAUCAGACCUUUAACGAUGCCGAGGAUAUUGGUGGGAAGCUUCUCUGCAUCGGCAGCUUGAACUCGGAAAAUACGAUUCACAUGAAGACGGGUACGCGCAAGCGAUUGAGCUACAUCUUUUCCUACGGCGGUCAGGUGGGGGAUCUCGAGCACGUCCUCGGCCUCAUUGCGAGAAAGGUGAUUCAGCCUCAGGUGCAAGAAGGCAAGCUUUCGGACUUCCCCAACAUCCUGGAGUCUUUGUGUAAUGGUGGCUUCACGGGCCGAAUGGCCUUGACUCAGGACGAUUAG